GAUUGUUGUCGUUUGUUGCUAAAACGAUGUAUGCAAUUUAUUAAUUUCUUUUAUCCAAAUAAAUAAAUUCAAAAUGGGAGAUUUCUUAGCAUCUAAUAAUAAUUGUGGACAAAAUUUAUUGCGAUUGGUAUCGCGGGGAAAUGCUAUUAUAGCAGAAUUAAUGAGAUUAAAGGACUAUGUGCCACCUGUGUUUAGUUUGGAUUCAAAACAAAUUGUACAAAAAUAUGGAUUAAUUAUAAUUGAUUUUGUUUACUUUAAAUCUGUUAAUACCUAUGAACAAAAGAUAGAGAGUGAUCCAGUACUUCAACAAACAGAUGAAGAAUUACGAAAUAAUUUUUCUGACCUAAUCUCAAGAUUUUAUUUAGCUUUUGAAAGUAUACACAAAUAUAUAACAGACUUAAAUUUUUAUAUAGAUGAAUUAGGAGAUGGAAUAUAUAUUCAUCAAUCUAUAGACAUAAUUAUGCUUAACGAAGAAGGAAGACAAUUAAUGUGUGAAGCAGUAUAUUUAUAUGGAGUUAUGUUACUUUUGGUAGAUUAUCAUUUUGAAGGAUGUAUUAGAGAAAGAUUACUUGUAUCUUAUUAUCGAUAUAAUGCUCAACGUUCAUCCUCUACAAGUGUAGAUGAUAUAUGUAAGUUGUUACGUUCAACAGGAUUUUCUAAAGUUUCUAAUAAACGACCUGCAAAUUAUCCAGAGGAAUAUUUUAAAAGGGUACCAUUAAAUGAUUCCUUAAUUGAACAUAUUAUUGGACGUCUACGUUCUGAUGAAAUAUAUAAUCAAAGCCUAGCUUUUCCACAUCCAGAGCAUCGUAGCACUGCUCUUUCUAAUCAAGCUUCAAUGUUAGUCAUAAUUUUAUCAUUUAAACCAACUAUGUUACAUACUCAUACAGCUUUAAUGAGGGAAAUCGUGGAUAGAUUUUUUCCUGAUAACUGGAUGAUAAGUAUUUAUAUGGGAAUAGUAAUAAAUUUAUGUGAUUGGUGGUCACCAUAUAAAGCAGCAAGAACAGCACUUAAUAAUACUUUGGAAUCAUCAAAUGUUAAAAUAAUUGCACAAAGUUAUGGUCAGAAAAUGAAGAAAUUAAUUUCUGAAACAGAAGAAGUGCAGUUAGCAGUAACUUUAGAUGAGAAUGCAAUAGGUUCCUUGGUAAAAUUAGUAAGGGAAUGUAAUGUAACAUUACAUUGGAUACUUUUACAUACAGCAACAUCAACUGUAUCAUUAGAAGAUUCAAAACGUUCGCGUAUGCUUAGACAGUUAGUAGUAACUGAAAGCAAAUAUACUACAUCUGAUUGUCUACAGUUAUUACUAAGUACUGCUCAGAUUGAGCAAGGUGUUAAGCAAUUAUAUAAAGAUUUAUUAUUUGGCAAAGAAACCAAGUGGCUUAGAGAUAAAGGAACAUGUGUUGAACGUAUAACAGAUCUUGCUCAAAUAUUCGGUGGUAAUAAAUCACUUGAUGGUAUUGAAAGGAAUCAAAACCUAUAUGCUUGGUUUAUGGAGAUAUGUAAACAUAUUGAUUCAUUGCAACAAGAAGAUGGAAGAAAAAUAGUACAAUUGCUACAGGCAUUAGAAGAAGUGCAAGAAUUUCAUCAAUUAGAAAAUAAUUUGCACAUAUCACAAUAUUUAGCUGAUACACGGGAAAUAUUGCAUAACAUGUUACGCACAGGAAGCAUAACUGAAGAUACUAUGAUAAGUUUAAAUAUAGUGACAGAUUGUUGCUAUGCAUGGAAUGUAAUGGAAUCAUUUAUUGAUACAAUGCAAGCUAGCAUAAAAGAAAGCCCUCCUACUGUAAUAAAAUUGAAAGCACUCUUUUUGAAAAUGGCUUCUGCUCUAGAGACUCCUUUGUUAAGAGUAAAUCAAGCACGCAGUGCAGAUUUGUCAUCAGUAUCACAAUACUACAGCAGAGAAUUAGAAAAAUAUGCAAGACGUGUCUUACAAAUAAUACCUGAAACUGUAUUUGGUUUACUUGCUGAAAUUGUACAUCUUGAAACUAAUGCUUUUAAAGAAAUUCCUACUAAAUUGCCAAAAGAUAAAUUAAAAGAUUAUGCACAACUGGAUAAUAGAUUAAAAAUGGCUAAGUUAACAUAUGCAGUAUCAGUAUUUACAAAGGGAGUGUUAUCUUUAAGAAGUGUUCCAUUAGGUGUGUUAAAGGUUGAUUCUCAUCGUCUUUUGGAAGAUGGGAUACGACAAGAACUUGUAAAGAAAGUAACAUUAGCUUUAGAUAAUGGCCUUGUUUUUGAACCAAAAUCAAAAGUGCCAUUAUUACAAAAACUGCAUAAUUUAGCAGCAAUCAUGGAUGGUUAUCGAAAAUCAUUUCAGUAUAUUCAAGAUUAUAUAAAUAUUAAUAGCUUAAAAAUAUGGCAUGAAGAAAUAACAUAUAUCAUAAGUAAUGCAGUGGAAGAAGAAUGUGUAGGUUCGCCCUGGACUUCGGAAAGAUCGUGGAGAUAUUUUCAAGAUGAAAAACAUGUUUCUAUUUUGGAUAAUAAUUCUAUAACUUUUAUUGGUAGACUUGCUCGUGAAUUAUUUCGAAUCACAGAUCCCAGAAUGACUGUCUAUAUUGAACAUUCUCUUGCCUGGUAUGACCUUAAAACUCAAACAGAAGUAAUAAAUUAUAAAAUUUUUUCAAGAACAUUGGAAGCAAUUGGUACACCUGGUUUAACUGGACUUGACAAACUUAUUUCAUUUUACAUUAUUACUGAAUUAAAUAGUAUGAUACACUACAUAGAAAAAAAUAUUCAUAAUAAAAUAUGGUCAUCCACAAUUGAUUAUUUUGAUGCGAUAUUGAAUUCUGUGGAUAUUCCUAGAGGUAAUAUAUUAUCAAAACUUCACAACUCUAUUACUACUCAAACAAGUAAAUUUUGUCCACAACUGCUUGAAUGGGUAUUAAAAGUUGGACAUUAUCAACUACUAAAGAAAAAAAUAGCAUAUGAAUUAAAUACAGCUUGUAAAUUUGAAGCAAAGCAUAUGGAGGCAGCACUUCGAACAUUAAACACAGCUAUAUUAUUUGAAAUUAAUAAGCAAAAUACUACUGAACAAACUGAAACUGAGAGAAAUGAAUUAUUACAUGAACUUAGUAUCAGAUUAGAUUGGGCUGGUAUAAGUAAUCCCCAUAAUAAUGUUUAUAUUAAAUCACCAAAUAUAAAUAAUAUUGCACUUAUAAUGUUUUUACUUACUGUAUUACAAUUACCCAAACUACAUUAUUGUAAAAAUACAGGAAAUCUUUUGAGUAAAAAAUCUCAAGAUCCUCUUGAUGCUGUAGUUUUUGUUAUUGGAAUACAAACUAUUUUACGACAAUAUACAUUUUCUGCAAUGACACGUUAUGUUAAAUACCUGUCUAUAUAUGUUCUUUCAUGUGUUACCUCAGAUAGCGUAAAAGCAGGAGGUGACGGAGAAUCUGAAGGAUCUAAUACUUUACACAUUCUAGAAUUAUUUACAAAGUAUUCAGGUAUAUCUCGCUCAUUUAUGCUUAAAGAAAUACCUAUUAUUGUUAUGGAUCAUUUCCAAGCAAAAACUACUAAAUAA